AUGGCUGGCUACGGGGUGAGUCUUCACGGUCUGGGUCGUGUGUGCGGUGGGCAGGCCGAGAGCCCGACUGAGAAAGAUGUCGAUCCGGCGAACUUCCAGCAACUACGCCAGUUGCGGGAUCAGUCGGUCAUGCAAGGCGACGUUGCCGCGUUGCGGCAGGAGAUGCUGACCCUGAAAAUGGUGGUGAGCACAGCCAAAACCGAGAUGACCGUUUUGAUCGAACAGGAGGUCGGAGAGGCCAUUGCAAAGGAACGAGCCGAACGAGAGCGUGCUGAGCGACUCAUGGAUGAAAGAGUUGCAGCCUGUGUACAGCAGUCCCAGAUCCAACAAGAGGAGGUGGAGAAGCUCCAAGGCCGGCUGGAGUCGAACGCGAACGCGGUGCAAGAGACCCUCGGCAAGCUGACAAAGGAAGCCACGGAGGCCCUGCGUGACGGCCAGGUCUUGCAACAGAAGCUGCAGAGGCUCGAGGACAAAGAAGGCAGAGACAUGACGCAGAUGAAGCAGGACAUGCAGUUGCAAAUGCAGAGUUUGCAGGCGACAAAGGUGCAGCUAGAGCACCUUGUGCAAGAGACCUGUCAGCAGUUUCAGGCCGAGCAAGGUCAGGAGCUUUUGGAGGUCAAUAGUAAGCACGACACCUUGCACAAGGCUGCAUUCCUUCACUGUGGUUGGCAAGCUGUGGCAAUUUGGGGUUUGCAGAACCGGCAGAUGAAGGAGACGACAAACCUGGGGCUCUGGGAGGAUCUGAACCAGCUGACCGGGCAAGUUCAAGAAUUGGUGAGCAAGCAGGAGGGCAGCGUGAAACUUGGGGAGGAGCAGGGUCACAUUUUGGACGAACUCCAUCAUUCACACGAUGAUUUGCAGAAGAGGACCAGCGAAUUGACGGACAGAUUGGCCGCGGCCGAGCAGAAGCAUGCAUUGCUAGAGGAGUCGUCCAGUCAGGGCGAUACAAAUGUUUUGCAACUGAGCGAGAAGAUGACUCAAAUGGCACAGGUUUCAGAGAAACUGUUAUGUGAUGCACAAGCUGCAGCUAUUGCAUCCGCCGCAGCCGGUGGUCAGGUGCGCGCGCUCGAGACCUGGCAAGCCGAGGCGCAAUUGAAGCUGGGAUCAUUGGAAAGGGCUGCUGCUGAACUGAGAGAGACGUGCUCUCAGGCGGUCCAGCUAAAGGUGCACACAGAGGAGCAGGAGCGCUGGCAUGAUCGCUUCGGCGAUUGCCUGCAGCGCCUUGCAAGUCUGGAGACCCAAGCAGUGUCGAUAGGUCAAGACAGGAAGGCAUGUGAUGAGGAGCUGCGGAGAAUCCAAGCACAGACCAGGAUCCUGGAGACUUCUGUGGAGCAGGCUGCACAGGCCAGUGCACGACAAGCAGAGCUUCAUAGCCGGCUGGAGGAGAGGUGCGGCGCCAUGGAUCUGCGCCAAUCUUCCAUGUCCGAAGAGCUGGCCAGGCUGCUUUCCAAGGAGAAGAUCAUCGAGGACCUGGAUGCGAAAGUCACCGAACUUCAGCCAUGCAUUGCCUCUUGCGACGAGAACUUGGUCCUGAUCCGCAACCUGCAAGCUGCACAAGAAGACAUCAGGAGUUCCCAGGAGGGCACCCGGCAAUCGUUGGACACGUCUGUGCGCGCAUUGGAGCAGCAUUUUUCAGAGGUGCAGCGAUCAAACAGCGAGGCCAAAGACAGCCUUGCGAAAGCACACACAGAGAUCUUGAGGCUUUCCAGGCAAGACGACGUGCUGAGCGGCGGCCAGGCCACUCUUAGCCAAGAAGUUGACCUCAUUCAGAAGACGCUGCCGACGGUGAUGGAAAAUCAGAAG